AUGGAUUACCGUAUCAUUAAAGACGAAAAGGUCCAGCAAUGCUCCAUCAACAACUUCAAAUCAGACCUCUCGUUCCUGGAUCCCGCAAAGCCCAUCCAGCCCGCCGAGUUCCUCCUCCGCAGAGACCGUCUCGCGCAGGCCCUCGCCGCCAACAACGUCGACGCCUUCGUUCUUGAGCCGGGCUACACGUUCCAGUACUAUGGCAACAUCUCGCAGCAGGAUUGGGAGCCGUGGGAGCCCGAGGAGCGGCCGUUCCUCAUGCUCAUCAUGCCGCAGACUUCCUCCGACGGCAGCGUUUCCGCAAAGACGGCGUUUUUGUCACCGCAUUUCGAAGAGGGCCGCGUUCGCAUGCUGGGCAUCCCGUCUCGUGACGAAGAGCUGGACAUUGUCAUCUGGGAAGAACACUGGAAUCCGUACACAACGCUCCUCGAAUCGAGGCUCUUCACCGGCAAAGAGUCUCCGACGCUCAUGGCCGACGAGGAAAUCCGCGAUUACAUCGUCCGCGGCCUCGACGGCGCAGGUUUCCGCACCGUCGGCCUCAGCCCCGAAGCAGAGCUCGUCAGACAGCUCAAGACGCCCGCCGAAGUCGAGCUUCUCCGGGCCGUAAACACCGGCACCGUGGCCGCCGUGCGGGCCAUGCGGCCGUGCCUCGUCCCCGGCCUGACGGAGAACGAGGUCACCUCCAUCCUAGACCAGACCAUGCUCUCCAUCGGCUUCGGGCUCUUCUUCAACAUUGUCCUCUUCGAGGAGCACGGCGCACUCCCGCACGGCGGCUUCGUCACGGGCGACAAGAAGCUGACGUAUGACACCAUGGUCGUCAUCGACGUCGGCGCGCACUACCUCGGCUACUCGUCCGACAUUUGCCGCAGCUUCAUGAUUGACGCGCCGUCAGGGAGAACGCACUCCGACCCCUUGCGCGUCGAAAAGGAAAACGUCUGGCGCAUCGUCCUGGACGCGCAGACGGCCGCUGCCAAGGCCAUGAAGCCCAACAACACUGCCGCCAGCGUCGACAUUGCCGCUCGUAUUGUCAUUGAAGAUGCCGGGUAUGGAUAUGGAUUUACGCACCGCUUGGGUCACGGCAUUGGUAUCAAGGCACAUGAGUCUCCGUAUCUGAACAAGUGGAACACUGCUUCGGUGCUCCAAACGGGAAUGACUUUCACAAAUGAGCCGGGAAUCUAUCUAGAGAACAAGUUUGGUGUCAGACACGAGGAUAUUUACCUAGUGAAAGAAGACGGCGAGGCAGAGCUCCUCACGGGUCAACGGGCACGAGGAAUGUAUGAGCCUUGAGAUCGAUAGUUUUAAAGAAAAAUUCAGGGGGUAUCAUUGUAAACUAAUAUCUAGAGAUAUACCAUUUUCUUCUCUCCCGUUAUAUAUAUACAAUGCUUCCCAACAUAGUUGUGUACCAAAACGCUAUGCAAUAUCCCAACUACGCCUCACCCGAUCCUUGAUGCAAAGGGAAGCCGCUCGCAAUCGCAGUACGCGGCAGGUGCUGCAACCACGGCAUAGCUUCGCUGCCGGGGAUAGGAAUGUGGUUCAAACUACAGUCGAUGUAAACAUUCUCAUCCAAGUAAACCCAAUUCGACACCUCCGUCAUGCUCUCCGCCACCACUCCGGGAAACGGCGAGGAACUCAAGGCGGCACAAAGCCAGGACAUUUGCUGGAAGACGUCGCUGAGAGUAUGAAGCCUGGCACUCAGGCUCAUUCUGAUCAUCGAGCCUUCUGUCUCUAUGUGAACGAAUCUCAGGCUAGGCAAAACUGCGCCUUUGCCAUCGC